AUAUGCCGACGCGCGCAGUUGCUCCGAGGAAGCGGACGGUGGUGGUUCUCUCUUCCUUCCCUUUUCUCCCUCUCGCUCCCUCUCUUCGAGGUUAGACCGGCCGAUAGUCGACGCCACUCGCGACUUCGAGGAGAGACGUGUCAGUUAGUUUAAUCAGGAGGUACGCGCGCGACGUUCCGUUACGAUCAUCAUGACAGAAGGAGGGUCUCGCAAGGAGGUCCGCGUCUGGUGCGACGGGUGCUACGAUAUGGUGCAUUUCGGGCAUGCGAAUUCUCUGAGGCAAGCUAAAGCUUUGGGGGAUUAUUUGGUGGUGGGUGUCCACAACGAUGAAGAGAUCGCAAAGCACAAGGGGCCUCCGGUCUUCACCGAACAAGAAAGGUACAAAAUGGUACGCGGCAUCAAGUGGAUAGAUGAAGUAGUCGAAGCUGCGCCAUAUGUGACUACCUUAGAGACGCUAGACAAAUACAAUUGUGAUUUUUGUGUUCACGGUGACGAUAUCACAACCACAGCGGAUGGUGUAGACACAUAUCACUUAGUCAAGACAGCUGGUCGUUACAGAGAAGUUCAGCGUACGGCCGGUGUUUCGACUACUGAUCUCGUGGGCCGCAUGCUUUUGAUGACGCGACAACACUUUCGACAAGGUGACAGUGAGUAUAGCGUCGACAGAGAGCCAAGCAAGCGCAUGGGUCAAGAUCGAACUGCGCGAAACCCGUGGACCGGCUGCUCGCAAUUCUUGCCGACUACGCAGAAAAUUAUACAGUUCAGUGACGGCAAGGCGCCGCAGCCGGGAGACAAGAUCGUAUAUGUAGCUGGGGCGUUCGAUCUCUUCCACGUGGGACACUUGGACUUUCUGGAAGUCGCCAAGAAGGAGGGCGACUAUCUUAUAGUCGGUCUGCAUACGGAUCCCGCGGUUAACCGAUACAAGUGUGGCAAUCAUCCUAUUAUGAAUCUGCACGAACGGGUUCUCAGUGUGUUAGCGUGUAAGUAUGUAAAUGAAGUUGUGAUCGGCGCACCGUACGAAGUGACGAGAGAUCUGAUGGAGCAUUUCAAUGUCUCCGUUGUGUGUCACGGACAAACGCCUAUAAUGCCCUGCGAAGAUGGCUCAGAUCCAUAUGCGGAGCCUAAGCGACAAAAUAAGUUUAAGUUAUUAGAUAGUGGUAAUGAUAUGACAACCGAAAAAAUUGUCGAAAGGAUCAUUCUGCACAGGUUGGAAUACGAGGAUAGAAAUUUAAGGAAGGAGAAAAAAGAGCUUGCUGCUUACGAAGCCUUCAUGAAGUCUAAGAAAAAUAACAGGACUGAAUAAUUACUCGUUUUGCUUCUUCUCGUGAAUUUCGUAGCGUGUGUAUAUGCGUGCAUGCGUGUUAAGUAUGAGUGUUAUGUGUAUGAAAUCAUCAGGUUUUAUAGAGUCAAUAUAUGUAAAUAAGAUGUCACAUUGACACUUAAUUUAUUGUUUCAAAAUGCCUUACGUAGUUGAAGUUAUAUAUUACGUCGACUAGCGAUGUCGCUAUCGAUGUUGGGUUUAAUUCAUUGCAAUGAAAAGAAAUUGCACAAUGACGACGAUUGUACAGUCGGACGACAUUCUGUAUGCAAGAUGUCUCGGAACUAACGUCAUUUUUUUUUAUCCACGGACUUGUACUAAUUUCCAUAAGCUGAUUUUUUUUUAAUAAACAUAAAUCUUUAUUCAGGGGAUCGCAACUGGAAAAUGUUUUGUCUCCUAAUUUUUUUCUAACGAAUUUCAAAUAGAGACUGUAGUCAAGUAUUCAAUGUCGAAAAUUCAAUUUCUUCGACCGACUUCUAGUCUCAAACGAUAGUUCUAGGACAUCUUACAUGCAUUUUUCGACAUAUCUCUAAGAUGAAAGGUGUAUCAUACUUCAUAAAGCCUUUGGAUAUAGAUACGCUUAGUAAUUGACGUUUUAUCACACGUGAUGUGAACAUUAUGAUACUGUUGCUUAAUGCAAAAAUUACUGGAAAUAAUCGUAAUUAUAAGUAAUUACACGAGAUAUGUCGUAGAAAACGAAAUCAAAUAUCUCUAAAAUUGAGUUGUUAAAUUUCGACCGCUUUCACGCUUGUACACUAUUCUCAUUUAUCACGCAUUAAUUUUAUAACUCUACUUUAUCCUUAUAUUCUCUCUUACGCUUUGCACGUGUGUGCGCAAAGUAUUUGUUAUUUAAUUCAAUCACAAUAAUAUAAGUAAAUGAGAGUGUAGUUUGAGUUGUCUAGAAUAUAAUUAUGUUAGAUCAGGGAUUUUCUGUCGUGCAAUACGAAUUGUAUACUUUUCCACAAUUAAAAAAUAUUUUGCAUUUUAAAUAUUAUUUGAAAUAUUAUUUGAAAGUGUAUCUGAAUAGAGUUGUAUUUGAAUAUUCUACACGAUUCUCUAUUAUACAAUUUAUUCGAAGAUAUCCGCAAAUAUAGAUAUUUGCGAUGUAUUCAAUUCGGUCUAAUUAAUCGGAAGUUCCUGAAUAUUUGAGUCAGUAAUCCAUUUUAAUGGUUACUGACGACUGCAAUAUUUAUGGCCAAAUUUUGAGUUUGUGAGAGGUCUUAGACCGGUUAGAUUAAAUAACUCUGAUAUUACGGCAGGUACUCUUGUCGAAGUAAUUACAACGCGUAAUUUAAGUGUUAAAUUUUUUAAUGCAAGAUUAAUAUAUCGUAUGUUCACACACAUAUACAUACAUACAUACAUACACAUACAUAAAAAAAGUUGUCAACGGAGCCAAAGAUUUGUUAGGUUUAAGACGCGCUUCGGGUAGACUAAAUGAGUUCAAAUUAUCGUGUUCGAAUUUGAGUUGGUUGUGUCCAGAGAAUAAGAACAUUUUUCAAUCUUACACUUUAUUCAAAUUGAUAUGUAUUUUAUAUAAAAUACAUACAAAUUGAUGCAUUUUGGUAAAUACAUUAUGUUAUAGUAGAUGCAAAUCUAUAAAAAAUACAAGAUAAUACAAACUGUUCACCUUAAAAAUUUGGCAUGAUUAAUUUUCGCGACUUCUCUGACGUUAAAUAUUAAGACAAAGCGACGGUCGAUAGUCGUCAGUUGAAUUCGCAUCAUACGAAAAUUGGUAGUGUAAUUUGACGAAUAAUCAUGAUUGAAUGAUUAUUCGUUGAGCCUGAGAUACCAUAUUAUAUAACAGAUAAAAGUCCCUCUGUACAUGACACGACAAAUUAAAUAGAUUACGCAAGACGAAGAUUGUACAGUUUAUGAUUUUUUACGGGAGAAUCGACAUUGAAGCAAAUUGUAAAACGCCCAGAAAAUUCUGUUUUAUCUCUUUUAUUUUAUAAUAAAUAAUCAUUGUACACGUUC